GAUAGCGGGAGGAGGGGUUUAAUCCCGCCUGGAUUAUGGUAUAAAGUGGUGCAGGAGAGGAGGAGAAACUCUAGGGAGAGAGGGAGUACAAUUUGUUUAACAAUCCAUCCAUCCAACGUCCUUUCUGCAUAUUUUUUAUUUGUGUGUUUUUAAAACUGGGAGGACGUGAGGUCAACACGGGGAGCAAACUGCAGCAUUUCAUCUGGGAAUAUGUCUGAAAAGGAGUGAAUUUCUUUGAAGUUAAAAGACUUUUUUUAAUUUUUAUUUGACUUUUAUUUUUUAUUUUAUUUUAUUUUUAUAUAUUUUUUUGGAUUCAAGAUUUAAUUUUGUGAAAGAGAAGUGAAAAAUGUGGACAACAGAGUCCUAGAGGGGGACGUGUAGGAGGAUGGCAGGACGACCCGGUGACCUGUCGUGCACAGAUGUGACCUUUGAUAUCCAAGAGCAAAACCGUUCAUUUUUACRUUCAUUCAGUUUCUUUACCCGUUUUUUGUUUUCYGGGUUUUGGAGCAGCUGGUGCCUGCCUCCAGCAGUCACUGUGCGAGAGGUGGGGGGACACCCUGGACAAGUUGCAAAUCCAUCACAGAGACACGUAGAGAGGAUUCUGAGUCACUGACGAACCUAACAUGCAUGUCUUUGGUCUGCGGGAAGAAACCGAGUACCUGGAGAAAACCCACGUGUGCACGGAGCAAAAAAUGCAAUUUCCACAGAGAGAGGCCGGGAGGCGAACCUGUGACCUUCUCGCUAGUCAGCUCGCAACAAUCACUGGACUGAUGCAGGUCGCUGCAGCUGCACAGAUAAGCCGCUGGUGUGCGGGAAAAGGCGGGAAUGCCAUUAAAUCAGACAGAAGUGGGCCACACAGAAAGAGGCUGAUGAUGCUGAUGUGGAUUAUCCUCUCCAGCUCGCUGUGCCCCGUGGCGGAUGGGCAGAUGAAGAUCCCACCAGAAACUGUGCAGCAGUGGGCUGAGACUUUUGGAAAAGAGAUGGCCGCUCUGUCCUUCAGAUACUCUGGAGCUAAACUUUUACAAAAGAAAUACAAGGAUGUUGAAGGCUCAGUCAAAAUAGAGGAYAUGAACGGGGAAGUCCUGGUUAAGAAGUUUGCAGCAGAAAUGGAGGAGAUGCUCGGGAGGAAAAUGGAGUCCGUGAAGAGGAUCGCAGAAGCAGCAGAAGAUGCAGAUCUUUCCCACGAGUACAACGAAACACUAGAGUUCGAUUAUUAUAACUCCCUACUGAUCAACACUGUGGAUGAAGAGGGGAAUCCAGUUCCACUCGGUGGAGAAUUCCCCCUGGACAAAAACGAACAUUUCAACAAACUGCCAGUCAACAUCCAACAAAGCAACAUACAAGUUCCCACUAAUGUUUAUAAUCGAGAUCCAGAUAUUCUGAACGGGGUCUACAUGUCUGAGGCUCUGGAUGAUGUUUUUAUCGAGAACUCUCAGAAAGAUCCAACUCUCACCUGGCAGUAUUUUGGCAGCUCCACGGGCUUCUUCAGGCUCUACCCAGGAAUUCAAUGGAUUCCAGAUGAAAAUGGCGUGGUCACUUUUGACUGCAGAAACAGAAACUGGUACAUACAGGCAGCCACUUCUCCUAAAGACGUGAUCAUCGUAGUGGAUGUCAGUGGCAGCAUGAAGGGCCUCAGACUGACCAUAGCCAAACACACAAUUAACACCAUCCUAGACACACUGGGAGAAAAUGACUUUGUUAACAUCAUCGCUUACAGUGACUAUGUUCGAUACUUGGAGCCCUGUUUCCAAGGCAUUCUAGUCCAAGCUGAUCUGGAUAACAGAGAGCAUUUUAAACUUUUAGUGGAUGAGAUCCAUGUGAAGGGAGAGGGCAAAGUGAAAAAUGCAAUGAAAGAAUCUUUCAAGGUCCUGAACGAGGCUGCUACACUGGGACAGGGCAGCUUGUGUAACCAGGUCAUCAUGCUGAUAACUGAUGGCGCCAUGGAGGACUUCAAGGAUGUUUUCGAAGAGUUUAACUGGCCAGAACGGCGGGUUCGGGUGUUCACUUACCUCAUUGGACGUGAGAUGACAUUUGCUGAAAAUGUGAAAUGGAUUGCCUGCAAUAACAAAGGGUACUACACACACGUGUCGACACUGGCAGAUGUGCAGGAAAAUGUGAUGGAGUACCUCCACGUUCUGAGCCGGCCGAUGGUGAUCAACCAUGACCAUGAUAUCAUCUGGACAGAGGCAUAUAUGGACAGUGUGCUCCCCAAUAAAGACGAGCUCUUCAACACUCAGGCACAGAGUUUGCUCCUGAUGACAUCAGUAGCCAUGCCGGUUUUCAGCAAGAAGGAAGAGACUUUAUCACAUGGGAUUUUGCUGGGAGUGGUAGGAACAGAUGUGGCCCUGAGAGAACUGAUGAGAUUGGCAACAAGAUACAAGCUUGGUAUCCAUGGUUAUGCCUUCCUCAUCACCAAUAAUGGCUACAUCCUGUCUCAUCCAGAGCUUCGACCUUUGUAUAAAGAAGGAAAGAAACUAAAGCCCAAACCCAACUACAACAGUGUUGAUCUGGUGGAAGUGGAAUGGGAAGACACUGAGGAGAAGCUGAGAACAGCUAUGGUCAAAGGAGAAACUGGAACAAUAUCUUUGGACGUGCGGUCUUCGGUGGAUAAAGGAAGAAGAGUGGUCUUUUUGAAAAAUGAUUACUUUUAUACUGUCAUCAAUGAGACACCAUUCAGCUUAGGAAUAGUGCUAAGCAGAGGGUAUGGACAGUAUAUGUUCACAGGAAAUGUCUCAGUUGAAGAAGGUCUCCAUGACUUACUGACACCAGAUCUGACUGUAGCCAAUGAGUGGACCUACUGUGAGACGGAUCUCAACCCAGCUCAUCGUAAGCUCUCCCAGCUGCAGGCCAUUACAAAAUACCUCACAGGCAAAGAAGCAAAUCUGAAAUGUGACGAGUUGUUGCUGCAACAUACUCUGUUCGAUGCCGUGGUUACAGCACCUAUGGAAGCCUAUUGGACCGCCCUGAUGCUCAACACAUCUGGUAUGGAUGAUGGUAUUGAGACAGCUUUUCUAGGAACCCGUUCGGGCCUGUUGAGAGUCUUGAAGUACUCGGGUGUUGAGAAAAGAGUUGGCAAGUCUUUCCUGACCUCCACAGACAAGGAGAAUAUGUUCACACUGGAUCACUUCCCAGUGUGGUACCGCAGAGCAGCUGAGUUCUCAGCUGGGCAGUUUUUGUACUACAUGCCCAGACAGGACAUGAGAGCAGGAAGGAUUCUGAUUGCCUCCACUGCUGUUACUGUGACGGUGGGCAAGAAAACCGCCAUCGCUGGAG